AAAAUGGAAAAUUUAGAAUUAAAACAGAAAACAAAAAAGAAGCUCGACGAAUUGAAGAAGAAGAAGAAGAAGAAGCAGAGGAGUAAUCCAGUAGAGCAAUGCCUCACGUACUUCUCCACUAUCGCCAACCUUAUCUUGCGGCUCAUCACCUCCACUCUGUGCCAACACCAAUCACAACCCUCAGUUCCAAUUCGUCUCGCAUCUUCACCUUGAAACCAACGGUCUCGAUUCGCUUCCGCACCAAUACGACGAUAGGCGGGAGUGUACAAUGCAUGGCGAAUCCGAGGAGAGUGAAAAUGGUGGCAAAGCAGAUAAGAAGGGAACUCUCGGACAUGCUCCUCACAGACAAGGUAUUACAGUACGCUAUCUUACCAGAAGCUGCCUUAGGCGCCGACCGUUACCUCUCUUCGCUCACCACCAUAAGCGAUGUAGAAGUUUCCGCUGAUUUACAGGUCGUGAAAGUGUAUGUAUCUGUUUUUGGAGAUGAUAGAGGGAAGGAGGUGGCUAUUGCAGGGUUGAAAUCAAAGGCGAAGUAUGUUAGGAGCGAGCUGGGGAAGCGAAUGAAGUUGAGGUUGACGCCAGAGAUUCGGUUUAUUGAAGAUGAAUCUUUAGAGAGAGGAAGCAGGGUGAUUGCAAUAUUAGAUAGGAUAAAGGCUGAGAAGAAAAGUGCAGAAGAUGAAGGAGAAGAGCAGUUUGGAACAUCUGACUUACCUGAAGUGGACAGAGAUUGGGAGGGAGAUGAUCUGGAUGACGACAUUAUCUAUGUGAAGUGAUUGCCUCCUUAAGCAGCAGCUGUUCAAAUGCUUUGUGCUGAGCAUCAUCUCAUGUUGUUAGAGAUGAUUAGCUCUAAUAGGUGGCUAACAAGGAUGUUACUUUUAGUCUUCCACUCGCUCCAGCACUCUUAUGUUUAAACUAUAUCCCUUUCGAAGAUAUUGAGACUUUGCCAUCUGCUCUGGGUGUGGUUGUCUGCUACAUCUACUGUCAAAUGUCAAAGCCAGCUUGAUGGAUUCUCUGGAAGUUGAGAAAUUUUACUCCUAUCAUGUAAACAUUUGUUAGUAUCCAACAAAAAACACUCAGUCUCGAUAAUAUUUGUAGAAUUUUUUUUUUCAAUUCUGUUCGGAACAUUUUUUACAUCAAUGCAAAGUACUAGCCAUGAAAAAUGUACAAAAACUUUAGAGAA